AUCUUUAAUAGAGAGGAGAGAGAUGGGAGAGGCUGCGCGUUCACGACUUCCUUUUCUCGCUCCUCGGUGGCGGGGACGCGCAAUGGAUCGCACACCUCGGGCUGGAGUGGGAAAAGGCGCUUUCGGACUGCAAGAGCGUUCUCACCGGGGGAAAAAAAUGAUCCCUUUACCGCCCUUCGUCCUCGCUGCCGCUGCCGACGUCUGCAAAAGUCAUGUGAAAGGAUCCACGACAAACGAGGACGAGAGUUUUUCCGACUAUUAAACUUGUUUCUGAGGAUUUUAAACUCCGAUAGUGAUUAAACGACACAAGAUUGAAGUUGACAUCAGACAGGAGCGGAAAAUGGCUUCACGGCUCCUGCAGCUCCUUGCCUUGUGGACUUCCGUGGUCGCCGUUGUACAGAGCUGUCCUGAGCCCUGCAGCUGCCAGGAUAAAUUUGCCCACCAGUUUGCUGACUGUGCUUACAAAGACCUGCUGGUGGUUCCUGUGGGUCUCCCCUCCAAUGUGACCACUGUGAGCCUCUCUGCCAAUAAGAUUCAAUUUUUGAAGAGCAAAAGCUUUGUGAACAUCAUCCAGGUCACCUCUCUCUGGCUGGCCCACAAUGAGAUUGUUACCGUCGAGACAGACACUUUGGCCCCUCUGAUCCAACUAAAAAACCUGGACAUCAGCUACAACAAAAUCGUGAACUUCCCAUGGGAGGAUUUGCAUAACCUCACAGCCCUGCAGCUCCUUAAAAUGAACAACAACGAGAUGAUCAACCUUCCCAAGGAUGCUUUCUCCACUCUGAAAGAUCUGCGGUCGCUGCGAAUUAACAACAACAAGUUCACCACCAUCGUGAAGGGGACCUUCAGUGCUCUCUCCUCCAUGUCCCACCUUCAGAUCUUUAACAACCCUUUCUCCUGCUCCUGCAGCCUGGAGUGGCUGAGGGACUGGAUCGCAACCACUAAGAUCUCCGUCCCCGAGCCACAAACAAUUUUAUGUGAGACCCCUGAGCACCUGAAGGGCACACAGGUUACAAAUGUUCCCAAACUGGUCUGUGAGCUCCCUUCUGUCACAAUAAACUCUCAGCCUGACAUUGAAAACACUGAGCUUUAUGAGGGUUUCAUGGUGGUCCUGAACUGUGAGACAACAGGGAGCCCUAAACCUCAGGUCACCUGGGAGGUCACUGCAGGAAAUCAGAAUUAUUUCUUCCCUUUGCCCUCUGCUGGAGAGAUAAAUGACGCUCCAGUUAAUGACAAAACAACCAACAACAGAUUCCUGGUCUUUCGAAAUGGCUCCAUCGUCAUCCCUCGUCUGAGUAAAAAGGAGGAUGGAAACUACAGCUGCUCUGCGGUGAAUGAUUUAGGUAGGGCUGAGAGCAGCUUGAAGGUGUCUAUGGCAGCCAGCCAGAAACACAACGGCAGCCCACUGCCUGGUUCUACAUCUGAAAAGAUUCAACCUACUUCUAAUAAGCCCUCCGACCCCAUGACCUCCAAGAACAAUGUGAUCAACAGGGCGAAGUCUGGUGAGAGGACAAAGAUCAGUCCUGAAGGUUCACCAGACAAAAACAAGGGCAAAGGGCAGACGGGUGGAUUUUCCAAGGGCACCACUUUUGCAACUAAGUGCGGGGUGAGAGACAGCAGCGAGUACAUCUCGAACCACGCCUUCAACCUAAGCCUGGACGAUCUGAAGCAGUACACUUUUGAUUUUGGGGUUAUUGCAUUAGAAGUGUCUGAGACAGAGGCCAAAGUUCAACUGAAUCCACUGCAGCUGCCAAGCAUCAAGUCUAACCUCCAUCUGAGUCAAACUGAAAACCAGGAAACAGUGAAUAGAGAGCCGCUUGGUCUGUACCAGUCCUCAAACAGCCAAACCACCUUAGACAUGCUCUACCUCUGUGUGGAUACAGGAAAUGGACACUCAAUGGUGCAGUGGUCAAAUAUAGAGGAGGGGGUUAAUGCCUACAGGUUCCAUGGUUUACAGCCUGGCACCAAUUACACCCUCUGUCUCACCUAUGGAGGGCAGGACUGCCAGGUGCAGGUCGUUUUCACAACCAGGAAGAAGAUUCCCUCCCUCCUCAUCAUCGUGGUGGUCAGCAUUUUCCUCCUGGGUUUGGCCACCGUUCCCUUACUGGGGGCCACCUGCUGCCACCUGCUCUACAAGUACCAGGGGAAGACCUACAAGCUCAUCAUGAGGGCUCAGAAUCCGGAUCAGAUGGAGAAACAAAUGAAUGAAUUUGAUCGCAGGACGUCUUUUGUGGAGUCUGAGAAAACCUUCAACCCCAGCGAGGGGGAGGGGGAGGCCGAGCGAGAGGGAGAGGAGGGAGACGGAGAAGAGGAGGGAGAGGCAGAGGGCAGCGUAGUGACUGGGUCCAUCCCCGGUUCUUCAUCCAAAACCAACCCGGAGGAGUUCGAGGUGGGCUCGGAGUACAGUGACAGGUUACCGCUGGGCGCAGAGGCGGUCAACAUCUCCGAGGAGAUCAACGGGAAUUACAAGCAGCCGAGCCGUUGAGAUCAUCCCAAGUCUGCGGGAAGAUUGUACAAUAUUUUACUUUUAAGUAGCCUACAUUCAAGCAGGUAACUCACCCACCAUUACUACACGUGAAGGCUUGUGAUAAAGAAAAGUGUAUCCUUUCAUUUUUUUACCUCAGACCGUCAAUCACUUCAGAUUGUGACUUGAUUCGUGUGACAUUUGUAGUCUACUGUAAGGUUUUAAAAAAAAAUACAUCAAGUUUGCAGUGCGAGCACACAUUUAUACAGUUUAUCAGACCUCAAAAGUGAACGGACAACAACAACAUGUUUCCUUCCUGCGGGACGGACGCGGAUGGGCACUGAUGACAGGCGCAAUAACAUGUGCGUACUGCGGCUAGACGCGGAGCUCUCCGGACAUCUGCGUAAUUUCAGACAAAAAGAAAAAAAAACAUUUGGGAGAGAAAGAAUUGAAUACAAACAUUUUGAAAGCACAAAAACGUUUAAACUAAAAAUGAGCGACUGUUUUAAAGCCGUUUUGGCACAAUGACAUCAGGGAGCGAUUGUCCUUUCUUACGUGUGCGUCUUUUCAGGGAUGUGGAUGAGUCUAAAAGAAAAAAAACAACAACAGUCUGACAAGGCUAUUUCUCAGGAUUCAUUUGUCUUGGUCAUAGACCUGCUAAUUCAGAUUUGAAAGAUGGAAAUUAUAAAUUAAUCAAAUUUAGAUAUUCGGUUUUAGAGUUACUGCGCCUCACCUGCCCGCCGUCCUGUGCCAAAAAGGGAAACUUUACCUUCAGCUGUCGUGCUCGUUAGAAAUUUCCAGGUUAUUUACCAACAAGAAAUGUGGUUUGACGUAACGUAAGGCUUUAAAAAUGUGCGACUUUAACCUCUUUAUCAACGGGUGCUUGCUAUAUAUUCUCGCUUUUUACAAUGAACGUGUCCAUGGCAUGUCACACGUAUUUCCUAGUGUGGUUUUUCUUAGUGUAGUCUAUAGAGGACUGUAGAUGUUACUGUCAACACGUGAUGUAAAGCCAUGUGAAUUGAAAUGAUUAUUAUUUUUUUUACGACGGUAAGUUUCUAUGAAGCCUCAACAAAAAGGGCGCGUCAGUGUCCGGCUUCACUGUCUUGUAAACUGAUGCAUUGAGUGUGUUUUUUGUGAACUGUUGUAAAACGAAUCGAAAAAGACGCAGUGACCUUUUCAGAAUUUUUUUACAUUAUUUUAUGUAAGUGGAAUUAAUAAAACAUGAAAUUAUAAAAACGA